GUUUUAUCCACACUUUAAAGAUUGAAACUUUUUUUUUCUACCUCACCGACGAUGAUGAUAGCAAGGUGUUCUCUUUUUCCGCCGCCGUGUUUCUCCGCCGUGAGGAUUAGAUGUUUCGCCGGAGAAACUUCAGAUACUGGGAUUCUAUUCCGGGAGAAGCUUAUUUACCUUCAAGACCUUAACGUAGAUCCUCACAAAGCUCUCCGAGUAAACCCAUCUCUCCGUUCUGCUCCAAUCUCCUCCGUCGUCUCCGUCGAGACUCUACUCUCUUCCACCGGACUCUCAAGACCCGCCGUUGGUCGUAUCCUCGACAUGUUUCCAGAUUUGUUAACUUCUGAUCCUGAAUCUGAAAUCUUACCAGUUCUUCGCUUCUUAUCCAAUGAGAUUUCAAUUUCAGAGCAAGACAUACCUAAAUCGAUCUCUCGUUGUCCUCGAUUGCUAAUUUCAUCUGUAGAUUAUCAGCUUCGUCCUGCAUUAACGUUCCUCAAAACCCUAGGAUUCGUGGGUCGCGACACGAUUACGUCACGGAACACGGUGUUGCUUGUAUCGAAUGUGGAACGAACCCUAAUCCCCAAAAUUGAGUAUCUUGAAGAAGGGUUAGGGUUUACAAGAGAAGAAGUAGCGAAGAUGGUUGUGAGAUCUCCGGCGUUGUUGACUUAUAGUGUUGAUAACAAUUUAGUUCCUAAAGUUGAGUUUUUUAUUGAGGAGAUGCGUGGAGAUGUUAAGGAGCUGAAACGUUUCCCUCAGUAUUUUUCGUUUAGCUUGGAGAGGAAGAUAAAGCCAAGGCAUAGAUUGCUUAAGGAACAUGGGAUUUUGAUGCCUUUGUCUGAGAUGUUGAAGGUUAGUGAUGGUCAGUUUAACCAUUGGCUUUUAGAACUUCGUCUUAGGUCUGCUGAAAGAAGAUGAUGAUAAACAACAACGUUCUUUUUGAUGUUCUUUUUACUUGAGAUUUGGGACAUGUCAAGACACUUCACAUGAGUUUUGUAUAUAGUUUCUGUUUCAAUGAUUAGGCUGAGUACAUGUUUCGUUAGAUCAUGUAAUGUGUAACUUGAGAUCGUGAAAGAAGAUGAUGAUCAACAACAACAAUGUAAGCUUUUUGAUGUUCUUUGUUCUUGGUACUUGAGAUUUGAGAGAUGAAAAUUGCAGAAGUUUUGUACUUUGGGACAUGCUAAGACACUUUCAUAUGAGCUUGUAUAUAGUUUUUUGUUUCAAUAUGUUAGAUCAUGAAGGUGUAAUUAAGAAUCUAGUUUUUUUUUUUUGGUAAGGUAAUUAAGAAUCUAGUUGAUGAGGAAUGAAAGUUGCUUUAAAGU